GAGGCAUCCGGGCGUCCGUCCAGGGCAGGAGGCAUCCGGGCGUCCGUCCGGGGCAGGAGGCUCCGUGCGUCCGUCCAGGGCAGGAGGCUCGGGGCGUCCGUCCGGGGCAAGAGGCUCGGGGCGUCCGUCCGGGGCAAGAGGCUCGGGCGUCCGUCCAGGGCAAGAGGCUCGGGGCGUCCGUCCAGGGCAAGAGGCUCGGGGCGUCCGUCCAGGGCAGGAGGCUCGGGGCGUCCGUCCAGGGCAGGAGGCUCGGGGCGUCCGUCCAGGGCAGGAGGCUCGGGGCGUCCGUCCAGGGCAGGAGGCUCGGGGCGUCCGUCCAGGGCAGGAGGCUCGGGGCGUCUGUCCAGGGCAGGAGGAUUCCGAGCGUCCGUCCAGGGCAGGAGGCUCGUGGCGUCCGUCCAGGGCAGGAGGCGCCGGGCGUCCGUCCAGGGCAGGAGGCUCCGGGCGUCCGUCCAGGGGAGAUCCUGGGUGGGACACUCCUUUAUGGGGGGGAUCAUGGAUGGGACACUCCAUUAUGGGGGUGGGGAUCAUGGAUGGGACACUCCUUCAUGGGGGGGAUCAUGGAUUGGACACUCCUUCAUGGGAGGGAUCAUGGAUGGGACACUCCUUCAUGGGGGGAUCAUGGAUGGGACACUCCUUCAUGGGGGGGGUCAUGGAUGGGACACUCCUUCAUGGGGGGGGUCAUGGAUGGGACACUCCUUCAUGGGGGGGGGGAUCAUGGAUGGGAUAAUCCUACAUGGGGGGAUCAUGGAUGGGACACUCCUUCAUGGGGGGGAGAUCAUGGAUGGGACACUCCUUCAUGGGGGGGAUCAUGGAUGGGACACUCCUUCAUGGGGGGAGAUCAUGGAUGGGACACUCCUUCAUGGGGGUGGGGAUCAUGGAUGGGACACUCCUUCAUGGGGGGAGAUCAUGGAUGGGACACUCCUUCAUGGGGGGAUCAUGGAUGGGACACUCCUUCAUGGGGGGGAGAUCAUGGAUGGGACACUCCUUCAUGGGGGAGAUCAUGGAUGGGAUACUCCUUCAUGGGGGGAGAUCAUGGAUGGGACACUCCUUCAUGGGGGGAGAUCAUGGUUGGGACACUCCUUCAUGGAUGGGACACUCCUUCAUGGGGGGAGAUCAUGGAUGGGACACUCCUUCAUGGGGGGAGAUCAUGGAUGGGACACUCCUACAUGGGGGGGGGAUUAUGGAUGGGACACUCCUUCAUGGGGGGGAUCAUGGAUGGGACACUCCUUCAUGGGGGAGAUCAUGGAUGGGAUAAUCCUUCAUGGGGGGAGAUCAUGGAUGGGACACUCCAUUAUGGGGGGGAUCAUGGAUGGGACACUCCUUCAUGGGAGGGAUCAUGGAUGGGACACUCCUUCAUGGGGGGGAUCAUGGAUGGGACAAUCCUUCAUGGGUGGAGAUCAUGGAUGGGACACUCCUUCAUGGGGGGAGAUCAUGGAUGGGACACUCCUUCAUGGGGGGAUCAUGGAUGGGACAAUCCUUCAUGGGGGGGAUCAUGGAUGGGACACUCCUUCAUGGGGGGAGAUCAUGGAUGGGACACUCCUUCAUGGAUGGUACACUCCUUCAUGGGGGAGAUCAUGGAUGGGACACUCCUUCAUGGGGGGGAUCAUGGAUGGGACACUCCUUCAUGGGGGGGAUCAUGGAUGGGACACUCCUUCAUGGGGGGGAUCAUGGAUGGGACAAUCCUUCAUGGGGGGGGGAUCAUGGAUGGGACACUCCUUCAUGGAUGGUACACUCCUUCAUGGGGGAGAUCAUGGAUGGGACACUCCUUCAUGGGGGGGGGAUCAUGGAUGGGACACUCUUUCAUGGGGGGGAUCAUGGAUGGGACACUCCUUCAUGGGGGGGGGAUCAUGGAUGGGACACUCUUUCAUGGGGGGGAUCAUGGAUGGGACACUCCUUCAUGGGGGGGAUCAUGGAUGGGACACUCCUUCAUGGGGGGAGAUCAUGGAUGGGACACUCCUUCAUGGGGGGAGAUCAUGGAUGGGACACUCCUUCAUGGGGGGGAUCAUGGAUGGGACACUCCUUCAUGGGGGGGAUCAUGGAUGGGACACUCUUUCAUGGGGGGGAUCAUGGAUGGGACACUCCUUCAUGGGGGGAUCAUGGAUGGGACACUCCUUCAUGGGGGGAGAUCAUGGAUGGGACACUCCUUCAUGGGGGGGGAUCAUGGAUGGGACACUCUUUCAUGGGGGGGAUCAUGGAUGGGACACUCCUUCAUGGGGGGGGGAUCAUGGAUGGGACACUCCUUCAUGGAUGGUACACUCCUUCAUGGGGGAGAUCAUGGAUGCGACACUCCUUCAUGGGGGGGGGAUCAUGGAUGGGACACUCUUUCAUGGGGGGGAUCAUGGAUGGGACACUCCUUCAUGGAUGGGACACUCCUUCAUGGGGGGAUCAUGGAUGGGACACUCCUUCAUGGGGGAGAUCAUGGAUGGGACACUCCUUCAUGGGGGGGAUCAUGGAUGGGACAAUCCUUCAUGGGGGGGGGAUCAUGGAUGGGACACUCCUUCAUGGAUGGUACACUCCUUCAUGGGGGAGAUCAUGGAUGGGACACUCCUUCAUGGGGGGGGAUCAUGGAUGGGACACUCUUUCAUGGGGGGGAUCAUGGAUGGGACACUCCUUCAUGGGGGGGGGGAUCAUGGAUGGGACACUCCUUCAUGGGGGGGAUCAUGGAUGGGACACUCCUUCAUGGGGGGAGAGAUCAUGGAUGGGACACUCCUUCAUGGGGGGGAUCAUGGAUGGGACACUCCUUCAUGGGGGGGAUCAUGGAUGGGACACUCCUUCAUGGGGGGGAUCAUGGAUGGGACACUCCUUCAUGGAGAAAGUUCAUCCUCUGAAGUUGUAGCGAUCUCUAUGAUCCGGCGGGGAGAUCCCCUCCCUCCUCAGAUUCUGAAUGCCCAGAAUUGGGGGGAUGUACUUGUUGGGGUCACAGACAGCGGCAAAGACUGGCCAGGGGACCCCCAUCGUCUUCUCACUCCACUAACAGCUAACAAAAAAAAAUCCCCAAAUCUCUGCACUUCCCACAGGAAAUGACUCCUCCUCCUCCUACAAAGUUACAAUGUAUAGUCUGAUCAUUGGGGGAGGGGAGACUGAGGAAAU